GGCGGCGGCGCCGCCUUCCUGCCCGCGGCGCGGUGCGGAGCGGCGGCCGGAGCGCCCCGCACAGCCAUGGGCGAUGGGUGGCUGCCUCCGGACUGCGGCCCCCAGAACCGCUCCGUGGCCGGGGUGACGGCCGUGCCGCCUGGGAGCAGGCAGCUGCCCGCCGCCGAGCUGUCGCAGCAGUGGGCUGUGGGCAUGAGCCUGCUGAUGGCCCUGGUGGUGCUGCUCAUCGUGGCCGGGAACGUGCUGGUGAUCGCGGCCAUCGGGAGGACGCAGCGGCUGCAGACCCUCACCAACCUGUUCAUCACCUCGCUGGCCUGCGCCGACCUGGUGAUGGGACUGCUGGUGGUGCCCUUCGGGGCCACGCUGGUGGUGCGGGGCACUUGGCUCUGGGGGUCCUUCCUCUGCGAGUGCUGGACCUCCCUGGACGUGCUCUGCGUGACGGCCAGCAUCGAGACCCUGUGCGUCAUCGCCAUCGACCGCUACCUGGCCAUCACCUCGCCUUUCCGCUACCAGAGCCUCAUGACCAAGGGUCGGGCCAAGGGCAUCAUCUGCACCGUCUGGGCCAUCUCUGCCCUCGUCUCCUUCUUGCCCAUCAUGAUGCACUGGUGGCGGGACGACGACCCCCAGGCGCUGGAGUGCUACCAGGAUCCGGGCUGCUGCGACUUCGUCACCAACAGGGCUUACGCCAUCGCCUCGUCCAUCAUUUCUUUCUACAUCCCCCUUCUCAUCAUGAUCUUUGUGUAUCUACGGGUGUACAGAGAGGCCAAGGAGCAGAUGAGGAAGAUCGAUAGGUGCGAGGGCCGGUUCUACGGCAGCCAGGAGCAGCCGCAGACGCCCCUGCCCGCUCACCCUCACCACCAGCCCAUCCUCGGCAACGGCCGAGCCAGCAAGCGAAAGACCUCUCGCAUCAUGGCCAUGAAGGAGCAGAAAGCCCUCAAGACUUUGGGCAUCAUCAUGGGGGUGUUCACUCUCUGCUGGCUCCCCUUCUUCCUGGUGAACAUCGUCAACGUCUUCAACAGGGACCUGGUGCCGGACUGGCUCUUCGUUUUCUUCAACUGGCUGGGCUACGCCAACUCCGCGUUCAACCCCAUCAUCUACUGCCGCAGCCCCGACUUUCGUAAGGCCUUCAAGAGGCUGCUGUGCUGCCGCCGGAAAGCCGAGCGGUGGCUGCCCGGCGGCGGCGGGGAGCUGGCCCGGCUGCCCGGGGGCUUCAUCAGCACCGUGGGCUCCCCCGAGCGCAGCCUGGCCGGGACCUGGUCCGACUGCAACGGGGGCACGCGGGGCGGCAGCGAGUCCAGCCUGGACGAGAGGCAUAGCAAAGCCUCCGACUCGGAGUCCAAGGGUCCAACUUAGGUGGGAAAUUUAUGGCCAGAGCUUGCUCUGCUUGCCCUGCUGAAGAACUGUACUGGGUGAUGCAUCUCCUGGACAAGUGUAAUGGCACGGAGGUAGGAUGAGUUUAGCCCACUGACCUCAGAAGGGCCAGCUGUGUCAGCAAAGCAGUCAGGAUUUGUCUGCUGUUGAAUUUUGGCCAGUUGAGGACCUGCUGGAAGAGUCUGGAGGCUGACACAUUGAGUGCCUUCGUAGAGAGCUGAAGUAAUCCACUGGCAGCCUGCACAGGGGAUGCCAAUCCAUCUUGCACGGCGUGGAAAAGGCGGUGGCACAGUAACAGCGAGGACAGAGCAGGACAUAUGGCACACACGUGUGCGAGGAAGGGGAGGCUGCUGGCGAGCAGUCUGCUGUGGAUCACACUCAGAACAGGCUGUUCUCUGCAGGGAAGAAGGAUACUCUGAGAAGCGCUGUGGGGCAGCUGAAAUACUCUGGAGGCAGUGAGUCAAACACUCAGGAGGAAUAUUUUUUUCUGACAAAAACCAGACAUGGAUUAGCAGUUGGAGCUGCAAGUCAGAAAGAAAAGGUGGUAGGCAUGCGGCUGCACACGUACGUGGGCAGGAAAGCAACAGCAAAGAGCUGCAGGCCUGCAGGGAAGGGAGACACAGGUAACCCAGAAAUCCGCUCAGAGAAAAUGUCCUGCAGCUGCCAGGACCAAAAUUGUUUGGCGAGGAUGCCUGGAGACUUCCACAGGGAAGACGCCUGAUUCUCCAAGGCGCCGGCCACACUCCGUGCAGUGUUUGCUCAGCACUUCUGAAAAGAAGGCUGCCUCUCUCCACGUGUUUGAAUGGGAAUUGAUGGCCUUGAAGGGCUGGAUUCAGUUUUGUGUGUGCUCAGGGAGCUGAGUCUGUUUCAGACACUCAGCAGGCUCUGCAGAAGGGCUCCCCACCAGUGAGAGCUGCACAGAAGCCCUCCUGCAAGUCCACUGCAAUCCAAGACUGCAGCCCUCGGCAUCCACUGUCUAUAGCUCCAAGCAGCAUGGAACUAUGUGCAAAACGGGUGGCUUAUGAUCUGAACUGUGCAUUUGACAGCAUCACCUGGGUCUUUGAGUUGCUGCAUGCACUGGUUCUUAUGCAGAUGCUGCUUUCCCUUUUGGGUAUCCAUCCAUGUGUCAUCGACUAUAAGGACAACUUCUUUACCGGCUUUUUUUUUUCCUAAACCUUAUCUGAAGCCGAGGUUUUAUUAACAGCCUUGAAGUGGCUAUUUUGCAAAACUUCCUUGUGCUGCACACUCUCCUAAUUUAUUGUAAUUUCCCGUCUGGUGGAGUGCACUUACUUCCUUUAUGUAAUAGAUCAGCUGCAGGCCUGGAAAUUGGGCAGCUAUGAACUGAAAAGAGCAGACUUUCGUGAGGCCAAAUGCGGUCAGGCAUCAUUGCCACUGGGAGCAGAAUUUGACCUGAUAAUCUAAUCUCAUACGAGAGACUAUCUCCAUAAAAGUAUUGUUACCAACAGCAAAUGACCUCUGCUAAUGAAGCUGGAGCAAUUAGUCCUGUUUAAAGCUGUUGAGAAAAUGUUAACUGCUAAACAACAGUUAGUGCUGGACAGUUCAAAUAAUGAGUGUUUUGUUUGCUGGUGUGUGUUAGGUGAUGUGUUGGGAAAUAAUUAUCCUUUGACUAGCAGCCAGCUUUGUACUAAUCAGAAAGGAGAAGUCAUGUUCUGUUUGAAGGAUUAUACCUAAAAAUAGUUCUGUUACCACCACAUCAACGAGCAAGAUGAAGCAAAUUCACGGCGAUGUACACACCUUGCUAAUGUUUCUCUUUUCAUCCUAAAACCUCAUUGUUCAGCUGGGACUUUCUGUCUGAUUGUGUCAAGAGCACUAACGUGAUCUCCUGCAAUAGCACUAAGCACACUCUCCCCAUGGAGCAUUUCCCUAUGCACCACUGACUCGCUUUCAGACCCUGCCAAAUUCCCAAACACCCCAGGAGGAAGUAAGGAUUCUUUCUCUUCAUAUAACCAACAACACAUAAUGUAAGAUCAACAAUAUUUUUGACAAUCAUCUGGCAGAAGAAAUUGAUCUGCUUUUUCUCUGAGAUGUUUGUAUGCCCGCCCCUCUGCGAAGAGCAGCCGCCCAUGGUAACAGCAGGUGAUUUAUCCCUGCAAUUCAGUAACUUCAGCCUGCCAAACUCUGCUGGGAAAAGUGACCAAGAUGGGAAAAGGCUAAAAAAGGUGAUGCUAGUGAGCAAACACAGGAUUGUCAAUGCAGAAAGGAAAACUGGGGUAUCUUUGGCUAUACUCUAGGUGUUGACUUUUACUGGUAAAGUGCAAUUGGGAUACACCAGACAGAGACACUGUGGAAACAGGUUAAGAAGUGUGAGAGGUUAGACAUUCCAUAUAGGAGCAUGCCACCAAAGAACUGGCAGCUGAAAUAUGCCCAAAACAUUCCUAGAAGUUUUUCUUAUUCUUUGUGGAUAACAGCAGCAGACUAAAGCACACCUGAGCCGCUUUCAGCUAAUGUAAAGCCACGCAGCUCCCACACAUGGGACCCCCUCAGCAUCUCCUCCUCCUCUCCAAGUGGCUCCAGCUGAGUUUUGUUGGACCUGGGCCAUCCCCCAGCCUGGGGCCACCCUCCUGUUCCGUGUUCCAAGCAGGAGAUGCCUCAGGGGGUGGCAGUGCUGUGGGCAGGUGCUGUGGGGUGCAGGGUGUGCCCAUGCUGCCCUGGCUGUGCCAGCCAUGCCCCUGCCCUGACUCAUCCUCUGUCCUUCCAACCAGCCACAGAAUCGGCCCCGCCGUGCUGGAAAUGGAGCAGAGUCUGGGUUUGUUAUGUAAACUGGUGAUCAGCUUCCUGGUUCACCAAAACCAGCAGCUUGGUACUCACAUUUGCUUCACAAGUUAACUUUUUUCCUGCCCUGCCCCACUCAACUUCCAGGUUUUUCAUGGUAAUGUUUGUCUGCUUGGCCUUAGCACCCAGUAGGACAAGUUGGUUUUUUUGUCUGUGCCCUGGCAGCUGUUUGAAUCCAGACAUGAACUGUACCAGGUGCUGGGCAGUGUCUGGGUUGUACCCAUUCCCUUCAGGAUUGAUGCUCAGAGUUAUUAAUAUGGGCUGCACCAGAGUGCAAAAUUCCCAAACAAAUAGGAAAUGAGUCCUGACCUCCAGGUUCACAACCCAAAGAAGGAAACAGAAGCUUACCAUUUGCAGAUUUUGCCAUUGGCAUGAUUAGCAGAGCAUGUCAGAUGUAAUGGUGUACCCUUCCCAUUUGAUCCUUUGUAAUGCACCAAAUCCUGUUGUCCUUAAUGAGAUUAAAUGAGGAUUUUUUACUAGUUCAGUGCCUUAGCCAUUAGCAACUGUUGUGUGUGUGUCUCUAGGCAGUGAUGUACCUUUGCAUGCCUGGCCCAGUGUCUCUCUCAAAGCCAUGAUAUUUGGCUUCUUCCUACUAAAAUUCUUUUGGUAAUUGCUCAUAAGUUCAUUGGCACAAUACUUUGAAAGGCAGAUCUAAGUGUAUACACCAAAGAUGCAAACAGAGACACAAAAGAGCUCAAAAUCUCAGCAGCUGCUAGGUGUAUAAAUAUUUCAGCUCCCAAUAAGUCAUUUUGCAGAGUCAGGUGAGUGCUGCAGCUCCCUUAAAAUCUGCAAGCUGCCCUCCCUCAGAGGGGGACCCUGCCACUGUAAGGAGCAAUUGCUGGGACAGCGCAAUAGCUCAUCACAAACUAUUUUUCCAUGUGGUAAAACUGAACAGUGCUUUGCUGACAAAAUUUAGAGACCUCUUGUUAAGAAGAAGAAAUCAAGAAAAGCCCUCGGCAGGAAUUCCUAGUGGGGAAGGGAGAGCAAUGCUCAGGGUUAAAGUUUCCAUGUGCAGAUGGAGAGCCCCGCACCAGCUGGUCCAGUGAGGGUUACAGACCCUGGUGAUGGACAAAUGCCAUCCACCACAGCCACCCCAGGGACACGCUCUGUGCCCGCAGUCACCUCCCGCUCGCGUGUACAAUGUGUGCCCCUCUCACCUGGGUCAGAAGGGACCCAGAGGUGUCCCGAGACACAGAGGUGGUGCCAGCCCGCGCCUCUCAUUGUGCACGGAGGGAGGAGCGCUUCCUCUUGGGCUGGGGCAGGUGAUGGGAGAUGUUCCACAAAGCUCCCAUUGUUCCACGGCUCUCCCGCUCGCAGAGCCCGCCUUCAGCCAGGGCUGCUUUGUUUGUCCGGCUCUUCCCCUAAAUGCUCACUGGGGAGCCGUCAAAUGAAAUCUCGGUGGCUCGCUCGGGACACGCAGGGCGGUGCGGGAUGUGCUGCUGCAGGCAGCGGUCCGCGAUCCUCGCCGUGGGCACGAUGUGGGACCUGCUGCUCACACACAUCCCCGACCUGGUACCCCGGCGGGUCCCAGACUAGGACAGCCACACCACCGGUGCAUCCAGGCUGGAUCUGACACGGGAGCAUCUGUGGAGAUGCUCACAAAGCAGCUUGUGUCGAAUACUCGGGCUUUUUGGAGCUUUUAUCUCAUGUGCAGCACCAGGCAGGUUCUGCAGUAAUUGCCAGUCACAACAGGUGUUGUAGCAGUGCUCUAAACCACCUUGAGAACAUCCACGUGAGAGGUUUUGUUCCUGUUUCACUGCCAGGCAGUCACCAGCUGUCUGGCAACAGGGUAGAUGCCUGUCUGUGGUUUUCAACAUCAGCCCGUCCAAGCCAGGGCUAGUGCUUGUCCCCUCUCCUCCCCAGCCCUCAGCUCCCAUUCCAUGUCCUGUGCUGCUGCAGGGGCAGUGGGCUCCUGGGGCUGGAAACCAGCCCCUUCAGACGAGGUUUGCACAAACAAGGGUAACAACUGGCAUAGGAAGAUGCAGAGAGAUGGGUUAGGGAGCAUCUGGUUUGGUAGCAGCCCUGAUUUGGAUCCAUCACUGUGAUCACCAAUGUCAUGUCCAGUGCAGAAGCUGAGACCCAGACCAGCCCUCUCUGGCCAUUGUUUUUCUUAACUUGUGCUGAAAAAAGAGGACUUGCCACCCAAACCUUCCCUCCCUUUCAGAAGUUGCUCUGAAUAUUCUAUUCAGAGGCUUAGUGACUAAGCCAUUAAGCUUUCUACUAUAUGUGAAGAGUCAAGAUAAAUUUAGUUUUUUAUAAAUACUGGUGCAAUAGAAUGAGAAAUUAUUUAAGUCUGAUUAUUUCCAAGAUCACGGCAUGGGGCAUGGGACAAACUUUUGACAGAGACUGGGACCAGGGCAGCUAAAAGAGUAACUCAUGUGGGUCACAGCACUAAACUGUCCUCAAAUGCAAGUGGGUGGCAUGGCCACAAGCCAAGGACCGUGGAAAAAUAAUUCCCCAGGAAGAGCAGCUCUGUUUGCCCAGAGCAUAUGUAUGAACCCCAACACUCAUGGGCACCACUGAGCUGUUAGAGGCUUGUGAGCAAACCCCAUGAUGUGUGUCUGCUGGUGAAUGAUGCUGAGCAGCUUUUAUUCCUGCACACUUCACUUAUGUGGGAGCAAGGAAUGUGGUGAUAAAAAGGCUGGAAUGAUUUCAGUGCUCGGUAGUUUCCAUUAAUGUAUUUGUCGUUAUAUAACGCUGCCAUAACAGUACAAAAUCCAGUAAGGUGCCUUUUAGGAAGGUGGAACUUUUCUACAUAGCUGCAGUUAGGUAAGAGGGGCUGUAGAGCUGGGCUUUGAUCAGACAAUUUUUAAUUGCACCGGAUGUGUUUGGGCUACUGCAUGGUAUGAAUUUCUUUGCCUUUGGGUUACAAGGCACCUCAUAAAUUAAAUGGCUGAUGUUGUCAAAUGCAUGCCAUUAGCACUCCGAGCAGAUAAUCCUUCCCAUGGCCUCAUUGGAGCCUAUCUCAGAGCCUGUCUCCAGAUAAUGGCCUGGAAGAAGAACAAUGGUGCUCCCAGCUCUCAGGGGCCUCCACUUUUCUGUUCUGUGCUUCAGAGAAGAAAAAUUAUCAUUAUCUGCAAGGCUCAAGCUCUCUUUGAAAUGAAGUUAUUUUUUACUCAUACACUCCCAAGUAUUUUUUACAUGAUAUCAGUGAGGAACUUGAAACCCCCUUUGAGAAGAGAAAGAUUUCCUGCAGUCUUACUACUAAAGAAAAUGGAUAGAUCAAGUAGUAAAGUUCAAUGACUUACUUAGCGUUAAAUAAGAAAGAGAAUAAUGAAUUGGAUUUUGUGUGCCUGGUUUUCCUCUGCAGGGAGCAGCCAGGCUAAUGGAUUUUCAUUGCCUUGUGUUCAUCAGCCUAGGUGAGUUCAAAACACUCUUGCCUUUUUAUGUUCUCCUUUCCCUGCCCACUUGUCACAAAUUCAAGUAUUUGGAGAUUAGCAAACACAUAGAAUUGCUGCCAUCAGCACCAUUUUGACUGGGGAGGAAAACACAGGGUUAACCCCCUGCUCCCAGUGAUGACUUUUGGCUGCAUGGGCAUCUGUAUUUUAUUCCUGGUAGCUGCAAGUAGACAAUUCCUUACCUAGGCUGGACGCUAGUUUCCUACUAUUAUGAAUUCAGGCUCUAGCGUCCUUCAAAAAAGGCAUUAUUUCCCCACUGGGUUCACCAAAUAUUUGUUGGGUCUCCAAACCCUCCUCUUUGUUUACAGCAUUUGCCAAACAUGCCGUAGGGCUUUUAUUGGGGAAGGAAGGGAGGUGGCGGAGGAGGAAACUACUACAAAGCUAUUUAACAUAAACAACUCUCUCCUUUAAAUUCCAGGCACGGCUUGGAAGGGAAGAGGUUAAAGCUAGGGGUUGGAUGGGGAGACUCAUUAGGGCAAAAUAAUAAAUGGCAAAUUGAAAAGCCCAGGGAGAGACACAGGGGACCCUAAAUGGACUCUCUGGCUUGCUGGAAGCCCUCUGCUGCUCUGACCUCGGGGUUUGGACCUGGUUCCUCCCUAAGGCAUGCCAAAGCUGGGGGAUGCUCAGACAGAAAUUCUGCAGAACUGAUUGGGAGUCAUAUUUCAAAGGUGAACCUGAAAGGUUUCUACAGAGCCAGAAAUUGCUAUUUCCUGCCCCAAACCUUUGCUGGGUCUGCCAGCGCUGCCCAGAGCCAGGGAGCUGCUCUCUGCCCACUUGGAGCAGGAUUUCCGUUUUCCUACCAGCCUUGGUGCCUCAGGCUCUGUGGUCUGUUUUUGUCUGAAUGGGAAAUGCAUAAUGACAAACAGUUUAAACAACUUGUGGUACAAGGAAACUUGCUGGGGUACAGUACAUGGCUCCAAUUUGUUUCCAAGGAAGUGAUGCACCCUCCAAAAGCACUCCAGCACUGAUAUUCCAAGUGCAGGUUAAUUGCUGGCCAUGCUCAGUGCUGCCUUCAGCCCUCAUCUAGGCUGGUACUCAGCCUGAACCUCAGGCAUUCAACUGAGGUUCAGGGAAGGUCUGGCUGUUAGAGCUGUCCUGGCUCUUGGUUUGCUGGUGUGGGAAAUUCUGGUCAUCCUGGUGCUGGGGAAGGAAAACCCAGGAGCCACAAAAGCCACGGAGGAAUUCUCUUGUUCUAUUUCCAGCCCUGUCUUUUAAGACACAAAGGGUUUCAGAUCAGAUGCAUUUCUGAAGUUUAUCUGUGUGAAUAUUUCACUGCUUAUCCAAGCAGAACAAAAACCUUCAAACCUUCUGAGGUCUAUCCAUCAAGAACCUUAUCUCCCCAUGUCACAAUUUGGCUCCUGGCUGCUGCUGCUUGGAGCCUCCCGCCACCAGCUUCCCAUCUUCCCUCUCUGUGCUGCUCCACAGCAUUCUCCACAGCCACCCUGUGGUCACAGACUCCCUGCCACUUCAGUGAUGGCCUCUGUGCUGCUGCAUGCUCUGCAGCCAGCCAGCAUCCUGACGAGCUGCAUUUGUCACAGCCCAUGGUCUGCAUCUCCCCCACACACACAGUCUGGGAUAUGGCCAGAGCCCUGGGCAGAGCAGAGCACACUGACUCUGCCUGGCCCCAAGAAUGAGGAACAUUUGCCCUUUUUUUAAUGGGAUAUUAAUGGAGCUUGGAUAAAGGAAUGCUGUCUCCUCUAUCUGAGAUUCCAAGACUGAAAUAUCCAAGGAGAAUACUUCUAUCCUCUCCCACCUGGAAGCUGCUGGUCCUCUCUGGCAGAGGCACCAAUGACAUGGAGCUGCUAAGAGAUCUCAAGGAGCACCUUAAAAGCCCAGACAGGCUCUACCCCUUUGUAGCAGAGCAUGGUACCUGAACCACUGGGAAACACCAGGAGCAUGGCAAGAACACAGGAGAGGCAUCAGCACCAUCAGCCAUGUGGAAAUUCCUGACCAAGUAAAACAGCUGCACAGCCAGACAGUGCCCAGUUUAUCCCUGUGUUACUGAGCUGUGCCAGGAGAGUCUCUGCAGUGCCUUGGGACCAGGGCCACAGGACUUUUCUUGCUUUGAAGCUGAGCUGGCACAAGGAGCUGUCUGCAGCCAUCCUGUCAAAGCCAUGGCCAAAAACAACAGGGUGAAGUCCUUGGAAAGAGCCACCCAUGCACAGUGUCAGUGAUUUGAACUGGGGACCUGGCUGGCUCAGGGCUUGAGAACAGCUUUUAUGCAGGUCAGAGGGUGAGAUCCUGUGCACCACGGUGGGGAUCAGAGACCUCUGCUGCUUGGUACUGCCUGGACUCAGCCCAGAUGUAGCCAAGCUUCAGCAUCAGGGUGGCCUUUUCCAUCAGGGACCAUUUUCCUAUGGUGCUUUUCUCAGGAGACUCUGAUGUGUGGGUUGGUUUUGCUCUCCUCGCUGUGGUUUUCAUUCUUUUCUCUGUUUUGAUGGUCAGAGGGGUAAAGUUAAUUCCCAUCUCAUAUAAAACAAUGAAUUAGUCUCAAUAACAAGAGGGUAAAUGUACUUUUUAUACUGUGGUGUAUGACAAGCUAUUUAUAAAUUUCAUAUCACUGCUGGAUCGUAGUCAGAGUUUAAAAUAAAAUUUGAAUUUAACCAUA